AUGACGUCGUUUGCUAACAUGACGCAGUCCUUGGCAGCGAGCCUGCCGGCCACAUCCACGGCGGCUGGCUCCAGCCACAGCUCCAACGAACCCGAGGAUCCGCUGGCCAUGUCACACAUCAUCUGCAAUUUACUUGAGAACAUGAACAAACCUCCCCUACAACCAGUUGGAUCUUCAUCAUCAUCAACCAUGCCUUAUGACAUCUGGGCUCUACCUUCAUGCAGUUCAAUGAACACAACGUCCAACUCCCGUGAGUACAGCGCUUCUAAUAAUAAUAACCAAAACCACGGCAAGGAGGAUAACUCUAGCGGAUCACCGGGCACAUCUUCGUCGGUUUCCAUUACUUGCUUCCGUUGCGAGGAACGUACUCCGACUACCCGAUGCUUGGAAUGCAACGAUCUGUUUUGCCACGAAUGCUGUCACAAAGUUACAUCUGACUGUCAGUUGCGGGAACACACCCUGCUGCCUAUACAUCAAAUAUCGCCAAUCGGAGUCAGACCAAACUCUGUUACUAAUGAUAAAGAGAUAAUGUUUUGUGAGCUUCAUGGCGAUCCAGUUAGAUUCUACUGUGAAGCAUGCAUCAUUUUCAUAUGUCAAGAGUGUACUCUAUGGGUACAUAAAGAUCACUGCUAUUCACCCAUCAAAGGCGCCCUCGACAUGUGCAGAAUUGGUGUAUUCAGGGCUAUUGAAGAUACUAAAACUGGCACGAAAGCAAUAAAAACGGCAAUCGAUCGUGCCGUGGCAAUGUCGAAGGCUUAUGAGAAAGAAACAGCUGAAGCUAAUAUGAAAAUACGUAAAGCUAUGCGUUGCUUCGCCCAGGCGAUUGAAGAUCGCGAAAAGUAUUUGUUGGAUAAAGUGGAGAAAAUGCGUCAAGCAAAAAUGAACGAACUAACUGAUCAUAUGAAUACACUUAGAGGAAUUCUUGCAGGACUGGCUCAUACUAAUGAAACUCUAGUCCGCAGUAUGGAUUCUGAAGGUAUUGAUUUAUUUAUGGCAAAAGAAAAAGGAAGAGCUCAAGUUGAUUAUUUCUCAUGUAUGUUUAAAAAUAUGUACAUAACCGAAGAGCGCAUUAUGUUUAUACCACCAAAUUAUGAUUUAGUUGAUCAAAUCAAAAGACAAUGUGACGUGCAGUCUGCCCCUGCAAAUUCAAUGCAUUCUCUCAAUUCUUCAUCCUCGCUGCAAUCCCGACAAUCUCUGCUUCAUUCUUUGCAGUCAGCACAGACGUUUCCUCCACUGUCUUAUCAAAUGUCAGCCAACAAUAGUCUGAGAUCCUUGCCAGAUUACACUAGCCACACUAGAUCUACUAACUACUACGAUCAUAGCAUCUCAUCCAGCAUAGCUUCUAUAGAUUCGAACCCAGCACGUGGUAUCGGGCAAGCAAUACCAGGAUAUUGGAUGUCAGUGUCCGUGAAACCGACCAGGAGCCCUGUUUCUGGCGUUCCAAUGUUUUCAUUCGGAAGAGAAGGUCAAGACGAAGGUCAAGUAUCUAGACCUUGGGGUUUGUGUGUGGACAGAGAAGGAAAUAUAAUCGUUGCAGACAGAAGAAACAACCGCAUACAGAUCUUCAACAGCCGCGGAGAGUUUAGAACAAUGUUUGGCUCUAAAGGAAUCGGACCGGGAGAGUUUGACUUACCAGCAGGCAUCACCACAGACACGUAUGGACGUAUUAUUGUUAUAGACAAAGACAACCAUAGGGUUCAAAUAUUCACAUCGUCCGGUAAUUUUAUAUUGAAGUUUGGAUCUUUCGGUAAGGAGUGCGGUCAGUUUCAAUACCCAUGGGAUGUAGCUGUUAAUACUUUGGGUAACAUUGUUGUUACGGAUACUCGCAAUCAUCGCAUUCAAUUGUUUACAAGUGAUGGUACUUAUAUUACCAAGUUUGUUUUCGAAGGGGCUAACCCCGCUAAAAUGCUUAAAGGUCCAACUACUCCACGCGGUGUUUGCUUUACGACUUCGGGUAACAUUAUAGUGUCAGAUUUUGAAAACCAUCGUUUGCUCAUGGUAGACCCAACGUUAUCCAAGGUAUUACAUUGUGUCGGUCGGGAAGGUUCGGGCAUCGGUGAGUUAAAUCGUCCCUCCGGCAUCGUGACCGACGACGAUGGCCGAAUAAUUGUAGCUGAUUCGAAAAAUCACCGUGUUCUAGUGUUCACAUCGGAACUACGUAUAUUAUGGGCUGUAGAUUUAAAGAGUCCGGGUCUCGACGAUAAGGAUCGCCCGAGCGAUGUCGCGUUAACUCCGGAAGGUUUCCUAGUUGUGUUGUUCGAGACACUACCUGACACCGCCCGCGAUAUCACUUCUCACGGCAAGCAAUAUAUAAAAGUAUACUGA